AUGGGCCGUACGCCGGCCUACAUAUUUGUCGUCAGGCACGGCAACCGUCUCGACGCCGCCGACAAAAAAUGGCAUCUUUCCUCCCCGACACCUUACGACCCUCCUCUAACUUACGGCGGCUGGCUCCAAGCCAGGGCAGUUGGUAAUCAGAUUUCCAGCAUCCUCGAACAAGCCAAAGACGACUACGAAUCAAGUUCAAAAACUACAAAGAAGCGCCGACGAUUCAAAGUCGUCAUUCACAGUUCCCCUUUUCUACGAUGCGCUCAAACGUCGAUCGGCAUCAGCUCUGGUCUUGCCCAGACCCCCCACGAAUCACCCUACCGUCCAAAUGACAUUUUUGUGUCCGCGACGGCUCCGCCAAAACACUUCCUGUCAACGGUACUACGUCUCGAUUCUUUUCUCGGAGAAUGGCUGUCGCCCGAAUACUUCGAGCAAAUUACUCCGCCGCCUGGCUCGGCUCUCAUGCUCGGAAGCGCAAAGGCUGAGCUGCUGAGGCGCGAAGACUAUAGUGCACUCACAUCUGCACCCCCGCCCGCUCCUAUGCCUCACCGAGGGUCUAAUGCUUCUCUAUGGAAUGGUUCGCCCGCUGCCAGCCCGUCUCUAGGACCUAUGAGGUCGGUUUCUGCGGCGGAAGGCGCCUCGGGCUCAGCCAUGGCUGCGGUUGUAACGGGGCAGCUAGCUAGCCAGAUGGAAAAGAAGGGCUAUAAAAUCCCAAAGCCCAACUACGCCAUCUCGAGCUCCGGACGGAUCCCCGACGGAUUCGUGGCCCAUGCGCGUGAUGAGUGCGUCGUGGUGGAUUACCAAUGGGAUUCCAUGAGAGCCCCGUUGGACUUUGGAGACGGGGGCCAGCUUGGAGAGGAUUGGACAGACAUGCACAAGAGAUUCAGACGAGGCCUCAAGAAAAUGGUGGAUUGGUACGCCACGACUGAUGCGCCUGAACAGAUGGUGACACAUGCUGCUGGAGCAUCACAGGAUGGCUCUGAUGACGAAUCAUCUCUUUCCGAGGACGAAGAUGUUGAGACUGUUGUUAUUCUUGUUUCUCAUGGCGCCGGCUGCAACGCUUUGAUCGGUGCGAUCACUCAUCAGCCUGUCCUUAUGGACGUUGGAAUCGCCUCCAUCACUAUGGCAGUACGAAAACCAGAUGCUGAUUACAACACUAUCCUGGCUGCAUCAGCAAGCGAAGCGACGAACGCUGAGCCGCAUGUAUCACCUCACCAAAUGUACGACAUUCGCAUGUCGGCAAGCACUGAGCAUUUGCGCUCAACAACUUCGACUCCGAUCUCGGCCCGAUCAACCUCAGCUGAUGGUUUCCCUGCCAUUCGUGGACGAAACCCCAGCAUUAGUAGUACUGAAGUCCUUGGCCCACUUAUGGGCUCUUUCGUUUAUUCAGACCCCAUCGUUCCCAUGGGCAGCCGUAGCAAUUCUGCCAGUGCAGCUUUGGGGUCAUCAAUACGACGAACUUCGGCCUCCCAGCGGCCCCUUGGCCGUGGACCAUCUCUUACCACAGCAACAGGUGAAAAAGGCUCAAGGAGCAACUCGCCGAGCACCAGCAGUCCCUCAUUCGGUUUAUGGACACCUGGUCCCUCGUCUCUUAGGCUGAUGGACGACGGCAGUGAUGAUGCUUCUGACAAGGAAGAUUUCGAUAACGUGCUACCCAAUUUCGGCCGCUUUAAAGAUGACCAGGAAAACAAGAAAGACAAGAUUCAGACCCCAACCACCUCUUCCACCACUUCUACCAUGUCUACCUCGUACAGUUCCACCCAGUCAUCCUCGUUCCCCCGUUUCGAGCUCAACUCGAGCAAUUCUAUGUCUAUGAGCUUGCCGCCAGCAGCGAUCUCUUCUCUGAGCUCGUUCUCGUUUCCCUCCAGUGGAGAGACUACCCCCAAGGCCACACCUCGAGGCCCUAUCUUGUCAGCUCCUAUCCGAAUCAUGACCGACGUUAUACACGAAUUCGACAACCCCGCCGAGGAGCUCGAGAUUGGACAGCUUGGAGAUGGCCUCGGCGGGCUUUGGGGUCUUCCUCGACCUCCUGGCGAGGCCGAGCGGUUCCGUGAUAUGAGCCUUUCUAAACGACGUUGGACGACCACCGAGCGUGCUUAG